CUGUUUUACCAAGACCUCUCAUUAUUAUAAAUCAGAGUGCUAGAAUAGAAUGAUCAGGUAGCUCAAAGUCUUUGUAUGGAAAACAUGGAGUCUCCUUGGAUGACAUGGUCUUGGAUUUCACUGCUCUUGCUUGUUCAGCUUCGUGGGUAUUGGGGAUGCAUGGAGGAGGAGAGGAUGGCUCUUUUAGAAUUCAAGUCUUCUUUCAAUGCAACUGAUUAUAUUGGUGGUGCUUUUCUUCCAUCUUGGGUUGAUGAUAAAGGAAGUGAUUGUUGUACUUGGGAGAGAGUCAUAUGUAGCCCUACUACUGGACGAAUCACUCAGCUCUCCCUCAACGAUGUGAGGGAUAACAAUCUUGGUCCAGCUGCUUGGUAUCUGAAUACCACCCUGUUUCUUCCUUUUGAAGAGCUCCUAUAUCUGGAUUUAUCUGGCAUAUUUAAUGGUUGCUUCAGGAAUGAAGGUGGUAGAGGAAGAGUGCCUCCUGGACUAAAGAAGUUGCAGGUGUUAAACCUGAGUGAUAAUCAAUUGAACAGCAGCAUCCUGCCAUUUUUGGGUGCUCUAACAUCCUUAGAGACUCUCUCUCUUCGCUCUAAUGAGUUGGAAGGUUCCUUACCUCUCCGAGAGUUUAGCCAGUUGAGGAACUUGAAAAUUUUGGAUUUAAGUCAAAAUCGACUCGGUAGUGGCUCUCUAACCAUUCAAGGUAACUUUACUAAAAGGACAGUCCAGUACACAAGGCUCCCGCCAAUUCAAGGUGUCAAGAGAUUGAGCAAGCUAGAGCGUUUGGAUUUAAGUGAAAAUCAUUUCGACAAAAGCAUCCUCAAGUUUGUAGGUGCAUUUCCAUCCCUCAAUACCUUAUCUCUGGGAAGCAAUGGUAUGGAAGGAUCACUAUCUGCUCACGCUUUGGAAGCACUUAGCAAGUUGGAGAUUCUUGAUCUGAGUUAUAACUCAUUCACCUGGAGUAUCCCACCAUCAAUAGGGAAUCUUUCCAGUCUUAAGCACUUAUCUCUUGCAUACAAUAGAUUUAACGGCUCCCUCCCCAUCCAAGGUCUGUGUAAACUGAAGAGCCUCCAAGACUUGGUUCUUGGUGGAAAUAGCUUCGAAGGAGUCAUUCCUUCAUGUCUAAGCAAUUUGACAUCUCUUAGAAUGUUAGAUCUUUCUGAGAAUCAAUUAAGAGGGAGCAUUCCUUCCUCUCUAAUAACUAGCCUUACAUCCCUCGAGUAUAUAUCUCUAGAAAAUAAUAAUUUCGAAGGUGCAUUUUGGUUUGGCUCAUUUGCUAAUAGCUCCAGACUUGAAGUGGUUAAACUAUCGAGUGGUGGCAACAAAUUGGAGGUGCAAACUGAAUAUCCAUCUUGGGUUCCAUCUUUUCAGUUGAAGGUUCUUGUUUUGACAAACUGCAACCUAAAUAAGCCCGCAGGAAUUAUUCCGAAAUUUCUCUCUCUACAGUAUGACUUGAGAGAAAUUGAUCUCUCGCACAACAGUCUAAGGGGAAAUCUUCCUUCUUGGUUGCUUCAUAACAAGACAAAGUUAGAACUUCUAAAUGUGCAAAACAAUUCAUUAACAGGCCACCUCAAUCUAACUUCAAGACUUUCUCUGAAUAUUUCAUGGUUAUUUAUCUCUGAAAAUCAUUUUCAUGGUCAACUUCCAGCUAAUAUUGGUGAGGUUCUUCCGAACUUGGAAGUUCUACAUGCCUCACAAAAUAAUUUUGAAGGAAGUAUUCCAUCAUCAAUUGGAGAGAUGAGAAAUUUAUUCACCUUGGAUUUGUCCAACAAUAAUUUUUCAGGGGAAAUACCAGAGCAGUUGGCCAUAGGCUGUCAGUCAUUGGUUUCUUUGAAGCUAUCAAACAACAAAUUACAGGGCCAAAUAUUCCCUAAACUCUCUAAUCUAACUAGAUUGAUAGAGUUGUAUUUGGAUGGCAAUCACUUCUCUGGAAAUGCCUUAAAUGGAGCAUACGAGGGCUUUCUACUAGUUAGACUUGAUAUUGGCAACAACUACAUAUCAGGUAAGAUUCCAAGUUGGAUUGGCAACUUUACAGGUUUGGUUACACUUGACAUGAGAGAUAAUCUUUUCGAAGGCCACAUCCCAACAGAAAUUGGUAAUCUAAAGGAACUUUACCUCUUGGACCUUUCUGGGAACUUUCUUUCUGGCCCCAUUCCUUUAUCCUCGGAUUCACCAUCUUUAAGAUUUAUCCAUUUGGGAAGAAAUGGAUUUAGAGGAUCACUACCAAUUAGUCUACUCAACAGCUCCUCAUCUCUGGUUACAUUGGACAUCGGGGGUAAUAACUUCUCUGGACAUAUUCCAUAUUGGAUUGGUGAGUUUUCUGAGUUAAGAAUUCUUUUAUUUGAAGGAAAUAAUUUGCAGGGCCCAAUUCCUCCACAACUAUGUCAAUUGAAAAAGAUUAGGAUAAUGGAUCUUUCCAAUAACACCAUUUCUGGGUCGAUACCUAAAUGUUUCAGUGACAUCCCAUUCGGGAGGUCAGAAUUUAGGGAAUAUAUGUUUAUGGAAACUGGUGCUGGGACUCGAUAUUCCUUGCAAUCGUAUAAAUACCAAAGUGUUGUAGAAGGAAACAAUGAUUACGAUGCUGAUGAGGUCUUUGAGAAUAAACCAGAAAAAGUGAAGUUCACGACAAAGCGCAGGUCUAACUCUUAUGAGGGUAGCAUUCUUGAUUUUAUGUCUGGAUUGGAUCUGUCAAGCAAUCUCUUAACGGGUGAAAUUCCACCAGAGAUGGGAAACUUAAAUGAAAUUCUUGCUUUAAAUUUAUCACACAAUCAAUUUUCUGGGUCAAUCUCAAAAUCCUUCUCCAAUCUGACGCAAAUAGAGAGCUUGGACCUUUCCCACAACAACUUGAGUGGUCAGAUUCCUUUAGAGCUGACAGAGCUGCCAUUUUUGGCGAUCUUCUCCGUGGCUUACAACAAUUUAUCGGGUAAGACCCCAGACAUGAAGGCACAGUUUGCAACAUUCGACAUCGACAGUUAUGAGGGAAACCCGUUUCUCUGUGGACCUCCAUUACUAAGGAACUGCACCACCGGCGUAGAAUCAAAGGUUGCUCCAGCAACAUAUUUGGAUGAUGGCAUGGACUUGGUCUCUUUCUAUGCAAGCUUUGCAGUUUCGUACGUCAUGUGCCUUUUGGCUCUCGCAUUUAUUCUCUACAUCAAUUCUUACUGGCGCAGAAUCUGGUUUGGACUCAUUGAAGCAGGUAUUUAUUCAUGUUAUGAUUUUGUAUUUACCACUGUUCACAAGUUCUCUUCUCAUCGAAGAACAUAACUAGCUAGAUUGUCCAAGUAAAACAACAAUGGAAUCGUUUGGAAAAGCUCGUUAAGGCAACUUUUUUAAUUAUAAUUUCUUAUGCUCAGUUUUGUGUUAA